AGUCUUCGAUUCGUUUUCUUUUGAUUUGACAGCACAAAUAAACAUCUCUCUGUGUUGGAUCAGCACAGGUGAAUUGUCAGAGCUAUUGUGAUCUUGCUCCUCUCAAUUACAUAAUCAUCAAUGUCUCGCGGUAACCAGAGGGAUAGAGACCGGGAAAGGGCUCAAGCCCGGGCGGGCCACAAGGGUAAGCAACCCAAAGACGAUGGUUUGACUCGUGAGCAACGCCGUGAGAGAGAUGCGAAAGCAUUACAAGAGAAGGCCGCUAGAAAGGCGGCUCAGGCGGCCGGUGGAGCGAUAAAUGCCGGCAGCGGUGGAGGGAAAGCCAAUAAGAAGUAACUGUGAAAUAGGGAGGUGUAGGUAGUUAGUAUGGAAGUUGUUGUAUUGUGUCAGGUCUGGGUUUCUGGAAUUGGGAGUUUGAUGCUUUUGUUAUUUCAACAUGGAUGUUAACUUCUGAACUCUUUGAUUCGUGAGAUUUGGAAUGCAAUUUCUACUUCUGUGCA